AUGGAGACCACAGGACUACAAUCCACAUCGUGGCUCGUCUUCCUGACGCUGGUGGUCGGCUCACUCACUCAGUCAGCUAAUCCAAAUCACAUGGACCGAGUGUGCACAACUUGGGGAAACAACCAUUGGAAGACCUUUGAUGGAAAUUUCUUCAAGCUGUCAUCCACCUGUAACCAUGUCGUGGUUUCCCAGUGCAAAAACAACUACGAAGAUUUCAACAUCCAGAUGAGGCGAACAAACAUCGACAACAUCCUCACCAUCAGCACCAUCAUCAUGAAGCUGGAAGGUUCUGUGGUGGAGCUCUCCAGAAGCGCAGUAAUAGUCAACGGCAAGAAGGUGUCUCUGCCACUUGUCACAUUCGGGGUGACUGUCAAGGCGACCAUAAGCAGUGUCAUUGUGGAAGCUAAGCUGGGAAUCAAAACUAUCUGGAACCUGGAUGACUCCCUGGAUAUUCAAAUAGAUAAGAAAUACGAGAACCAGACAUGUGGACUCUGUGGGAACUAUGACGGCGUACCCAAUGAUGUCAUGAAAGACGGAGCUCCGCUGUCUGUGGCAGACUAUGCUGACACCUACAAGGUGGACGGGCCAACAGAGAGUUGUGAGGUGUCUGCACUCAACCCGGUCCUCAGCUGUGGCGAUAAGCAACUCUGUGACCAGAUCUUCUCCAGUGCUCCGUUCAGUAGUUGCCAAAACCUUCUGGAUGUGGAAUCGUUCAGUAAAGUCUGUACAGAUGAUAUGUGCAACUAUGAAGACAAUACCAACUCCGUCCUCUGCAAAACCAUCUCAGAGUACUCCAGACAGUGUGUCCAUGCAGGGGGCAAGCCCCAGCAAUGGAGGAAUGCAACGUUUUGCUAUUAUCACUGGUACAGCAACAUUAAAGUGUUUGUCUCCACAGACAUGGAAUGUCCAUAUAACAUGGAGUUCUUGGAGUACAGCAGUUCCUGUGCCGACAGCUGCUCCACCCCUCAGGCCAGCCAGACAUGUGACAGCCACUACCACGAUGGCUGCCGCUGCCCUGCCGGAUUGGUCUUUGAUGACAUCAGUAACACGGGCUGUGUUGCAGUGGAUCAGUGUCCAUGUCUGCACAACAACAAGGUGUACAAGUCAGGAGAGUCCUACUCUUACAGCUGUAGAUCCUGUGUGUGUGAGAGUGGCCAGUGGAGUUGUACGGAGGAGAACUGUCCAGGAACCUGCUCUGUGGAGGGAGGAGCUCACAUCAACACCUUUGAUGGAAAGGUGUACAGCUUCCAUGGGGACUGCUCUUACGUCCUGGCUAAGGUAAGUAAUGGCUCCUCAUACAUCGUGCUGGUGGACUUGGUCAAGUGCGGUCUUGCUGACAGUCAGACCUGCCUCAGAGCUGUAACUGUGAGCUUAUACAGCAAUUCUGUGGUUAUUAAAGUUCAGGCUACCGGGCAGGUCUAUGUGAAUCAGAUUCCUUCUCAGCUUCCACUGUUUACACCGGAGCUGAGUGCCUUCAGUCCAUCGUCCUUCUACAUCCUCAUAAAGAUCAAAGUGGGCAUUCAAGUGAUGGUCCAGCUGUCCCCCGUGAUGCAGGUCUUCAUCUCAGCUCCCACUUCUCUCAAAGGAACCACCUCUGGUCUGUGUGGGAACUUCAACAACAUAAUGAGUGAUGACUUCAGGGUGAUCAGUGGGUUGGUGGAGGGCACCGCUGCAGUGUUCGCCAACUCUUGGAAAACUAGAGCCAGCUGCCCCGACAUCACAACAGGAUUUGGACACCCCUGUCACCAAAGCAUCAGCAAGGAGAGUUAUGCCAAGUACUGGUGCUCCAAACUAGCCGAUCCCCAGGGAGUGUUCGCUCCUUGCCACUCUGUCAUUAGCCCCAGCCUAUACAAAGAUAACUGCAUGUAUGACAGCUGCAACUGUCAUAACAGUGAGGACAGCAUGUGCGCUGCGGUCUCCUCCUAUGUCUAUGCCUGUUCAGCGGCAGGGAUCCACAUCAGUGGCUGGAGGAACACGAUCUGUGGAAAAUUCAGUACAUCAUGUCCAGCAGAAACAGUGUAUGGCUACAACAUGACCUGCUGCAGUCGCACCUGCCGUUCUCUCAGCCAGGCUGACUACUCCUGCCAGAGCAGAUUCACCACAGUGGACGGCUGCGGCUGUGCUGAGGGAACCUACAUGAACGAGGAGAGGCACUGUGUGCCUAGUGCACGCUGUCCCUGCUACGAUAAAGACACCAUUAUUCCUGCUGGACAGACUGUCAACCAAGACGGCUCCACAUGUGUCUGCAGACAAGGAGCUCUCAGCUGCUCAGGAGGGACACAACUGCAAUCCUCACCAUCAUGCGCUGCCCCCAUGGUUUACUUUGACUGCUCCGAUGUUCAACCUGGGACCACUGGGACUGAGUGUCAGAAGAGUUGCAGCACUCUGGACAUGGCUUGUAUCAGUACAGGCUGUACAUCGGGCUGCAUGUGCCGUGAUGGCCUGGUUUCAGAUGGAGUAGGAGGCUGUAUCAGCGAGACCAGCUGUCCAUGCCUGCACAAUGGACAAGCCUAUCAGCCCGGGCAGACUCUGACUGUGGACUGCAACACCUGCUACUGCAGAGGAAGGAAGUUUACAUGUACCACCAAUGUGUGUGAUGCAGUUUGUGGCAUCUACGGCGACGGUCACUACGUCACAUUCGAUGAUAAGAGGUUUGACUUCAAUGGAGAUUGUGAAUACACACUUCUACAGGACUAUUGUGGCAGCGGUCAGAGGAAUGGAAGCUUCAGAAUUAUCACUGAGAAUGUUCCAUGUGGAAGCACAGGAACCACCUGCUCCAAGACCAUCAAGAUCUUCCUUGGGGAUAGUGAAUUCCAACUUCAAGAUGAGAACUUCAAGAUGGUAAAGGGCAGCAGCCAGGUGUUCCCUGCUCAGGUACACAAGAUGGGCAUUUACCUGGUGGUGAUUAUCAAGCCGGGACUUGUGCUCAUGUGGAACCAGAAGACCAGUCUUUUCAUUAAACUCAACCCUGAGCUCCAGGGUCAAGUCUGUGGUCUGUGUGGAAACUACGACGGCAACUCUAAGAAUGACUUCACCACACGCUCCCAGCAGACAGUGGCAGAUGUUCUAGAAUUUGCUAACAGUUGGAAGGUUUCAUCCAGCUGCCCUAAUGCUGAUCUCAUCAGUGAUCCCUGUUCCUCUAACCAAUACCGAGCAGCCUGGUCCCAGAAACAGUGUAGCAUCAUCAUCAGUGUCACCUUCCAGAGCUGUCAUUCAAAGGUUGACCCUGGUCCAUACUUUGAUUCUUGCGUGAGAGACUCUUGUGCUUGUGACACCGGCGGGGACUGUGAGUGUCUCUGCACUGCUGUGGCUGCCUAUGCCAAAGCUUGUAAUGAAGCUGGGGCCUGCGUUAAAUGGAGAACUCCAAAGAUGUGCCCUGUUUUCUGCGACUAUUAUAACUCCCCUGGUGACUGUGAGUGGCAUUACAAGCCUUGUGGAGCUGACUGCAUGAAGACAUGUAGGAAUCCUUCAGGAAACUGCUCCAACCUCAUCACUGCCCUGGAAGGCUGCUAUCCACAGUGUCCCACAGCCAAGCCCUACUUUGAUGAAGACAACAUGAAGUGCGUCUCAUGGGGCCAAUGUGGCUGCUAUGAUGACAAAGGCACCCACUACAACAUUGGACAUAAGGUUCCAUCAGACAACUGUUACACUUGCUCCUGUACAGUUUCUGGAAUAAGUUGCAGCCACAAUGUGAACUGUAAGUAA